AUGUCGACGAAGGAUGCCCGCUCGGACCCGCAAUGGGUUACUCCAUCUUCCAAUCAAGAUGUUCCUCCAGAUUACGAAACAAUAGGAACGAUAUUUGGCUAUGCACUUUUAGCUUUAUCAUGGCUGCUUAUCAUCCUUACUUUUCCAUUUUCAAUGUGUGUUUGUUUAAAGGUGAUCAAGGAAUAUGAACGAGUCGUUAUAUUUCGAAUCGGGCGGUUAGUAUUUGGUGGAGCACGAGGACCUGGAAUGAUUUUCGUCAUUCCAUGCAUUGAUACAUAUAGGAAAAUCGAUUUGAGGGUGGUAUCUUAUGCAGUGCCUCCGCAGGAAAUUCUUUCAAAAGAUUCUGUGACGGUAUCAGUGGAUGCUGUUGUAUAUUUUCGUACUUCCGAUCCAAUCGCCUCAGUUAAUAACGUGGACGACGCAAUUUAUUCAACAAAACUUCUCGCUCAGACCACUCUUCGAAAUGCACUUGGUAUGAAAACAUUAACUGAAAUGUUAACUGAAAGAGAAGCAAUUGCACAGUUAUGUGAAACAAUUCUCGAUGAAGGAACUGAACAUUGGGGAGUUAAGGUGGAACGUGUCGAAGUCAAAGAUAUUCGUCUACCACAACAAUUAACUCGUGCUAUGGCAGCUGAAGCAGAAGCUGCUCGAGAAGCUCGAGCUAAAGUUGUUGCUGCCGAAGGCGAACAAAAAGCUUCUCGAGCUUUAAAAGAAGCUGCAGAUGUGAUUCAGUCGAAUCCAGUUGCUCUUCAACUUCGUCAUCUACAAGCACUCAAUAGUAUUGCUGCUGAACAUAAUUCGACAAUCGUUUUUCCAGUACCAGUAGAAAUGUUUGGCGCUUUUAUGAAAAAAGAUAAUUGA